AUGUACGACUUGCAGUUAAUGGCGGAGGAGUCUCAUUGUACGUUCUCGCGAAGUCGGACGAUACGCAAAGAUGUUCUCAUAGCAGCCGAUGCCAUAUAUAAAGCGAUGUAUGGGAAGGAUGAUAGAUAUCCGGCGACGUUCCGUGUGAUCUCAUUUAUUGGAUGGAAACCGGGUCCAGAUAUGCCGAAGCCAGCAAAACGUGGUUCGCAGAAUGUUUCGUUCAAGGACCUCGGCAAAAUCGUUGAAGAUCCGCGUUUGCUUGAGAAACUCAGCAAAAAAGAAGACGAUAGUGAGAAGAAGUAG